GGGCCAAAGAAACUCAUACAGAGAGAGAGUGAGUUGGACACAAAAGACUGACAUGCCUUUGUUGCAGAAUUAUACUAAAAGGUGCCUGCAUUAUUCUUGCAUGAGCCGGAUGGAUGCAGGUAUUUUCUACGAUCAACAUUUCUUCCAUGGGUGUCCCUGCGAUGCAUGUCAUGACGACCACGUUUCCACAAGCAAGAAUAGAAAGCCAUGACGCCGAUGACUUUCCCUUUCAGUUGAGUCACCAUUUCGAUGAAUCAACCUCACAUUCGAGUCGAUCCAGCCAAGUCGCGUCGGCGGCGAUGGAGGGAUGGAAUGUUGGCGACUAUAAUCUGGUGGCUGAUGUUGAAUCGCGAACAGCCACAACCUUAGACGACUGACUAACAUCAAUAAACUCCAACAACCUUACCCCAAUCUCCUGGGCCCCGUGGCCUAAGGCGUUGGCCAAAAGGGAGCACUGUGGUUUCUCUUACACGCUAAGACUAACACCGGCUCAGUAAUAGAGCUGCGACUAAUUAAUGAAUCCCCAGACUCUGCAAAAAUUGGAGACAGUAGCAUAACUUGACAUGACAGAUACCUAGAGAGAAGCUAGCCCCAUCCUGCCGAGAGACCAGAGCCAGCCGUCGCAAACACGGGGUUCAUUGCUGGGCCCUGCUUCAAGCUGGAAAAGCAGUAUGACGAUCGAUACCGGUGCCGCUUAGUUAGACGCGCAGCCUCGGAAAUCUGAGAAGAGAUGCCAAACGCCCGACUCCCUCCGUCUCAAGUCUCCAGUAACCUCUCAACAUGUCGCACAUGAUGAUAUAUAAUGGUGGAGUGAAUUAUGCCCUCGUCUCCGUGCGCCGUAAAGCCCCGAGGUCCGGAACUAGAGCAGGGCGCCGGAGCCGGAGCCGUCCUAAUUGUGACUGUAUUAUUUGUCCCUGUUACUUUUCUUUCAUGAUGAGGAUUCAUCUUUGUCAUCCGGAAGCUGAGCCGACAUUUGGUGUUGUGCCAUGGCAGCCAUGCCCUACUAAACAUCCUUACAGAACCCACGAGACUGGAAAAAGGGAGUCAAUAGCGAAAAAAGCGCGAGCCAUAUCGUGGGCUCUGCGCUGAACCAAGCUGGAGCUCACUAGGGCAUGAAACGGGCAAUUUAUUUCGUUUGGCUGGGCCGGAUCGCUUCCCCGUUUGCGCUGUGGCCUGGAUCCUCUCGUUUCCCUAGACUACCAGGUGCUUGGGAAUUAGAAGCAAAUGAAAAACAGAAAAAAACAAUUUCACAUGGACCAGCAGAAAGAAAGGAGAGUGCCACUUUUGGCAGGGAAUGAAGAAAAGAAGCGUGAUAGAAUCAGAGAGAAAGGGGAAAGUUUGUUGGGUUCCAGGCUUCUUCUAUUGCUUUGGGUUGCAUGUCUCAACCACGAGCCAGUGCAAG